AUGCGGGCUAUGCAUUUGGGUUCAUCAGUUAUCCAGGCACUCAAUCAGGAUGCCUGGGCCCAAUACCAUGGUCCCAAAAGAUACUUUAAUUGGAUUAAUCAGUUUGAACAGCGUCUCGCUACCGACUUUGCGGAUGGUCCGUCGCUCACCGAUGUCAGAGAUAAUCUCACAGCCCAUCUUGAGCUGGUGAUGCUGAAGCUGGCCGUAGUCGAUAGCACUUCAGCAUACAUCUUACUUCGGGAUGCUCUGCCCAAGUUUCUCUUGCUCGUAUCCACUGAAUCCGAUUUGCUCAUAGAGAGAUCCAAUGGUAGCCUGACCAUAUCAUUUCCUCGCACACUAAAUUCACCCCGGCACGAACUGGUGCGGUUUGUCACUUACGAUUCGCUUAUGGGUCUUCUACUCGGGGCGCCCCCCUUGGUAGAAUACGUGUACGAGGGCGGAUGUGGCGUUGAUCAGUGCGAGCGCGUACAUGGGAUUCCGACUGCGUGCUUUCAGAUCCUCUCGCAGGUAAAUUCGUCGAGAGCAGGUUCUAGCGCCUCUCUAGAAAACUGGAGAGUUUUGGAGCAACGUGUCCUGGAGUGGGGAUCACCGCACGUUAUAUCGGCAGCUCCCGCACCUGAGGCUGCUAACAUCGAACAGGCCACAAUAAAAGAAAUAUGGAGGCAUUUACUACUAAUCUAUAUAUACAUGGGUAUGGGUGGAGCUUCAUCCCAUGACUCACGCGUACAAGCCUCAGUCGACCAUAUAUUCCACCAUGCCGAGACACUCGGAACUUCACGCAUCGGCAUACACAUGCUGCCUCACUGCAUUGCUGCUGGUGUUGCAGCUCGACUGGAAACACAUCGAACGCGCGGCCGUGGUUCUCGUGCGGGCCGCAAUUUAGCCGAUUUUUGUAUCACUUAUGGCAUGGUGCUGGUGAUGGAGGAAGAGCUGUAA